AACUAUGCUUCCGUUCCUGCGUGAGUGAGUUUUUCUUACACUUACAAAAAAUACACCCAUCGUGAUCUUCUACGUCCGUUACGAUCGUCCAUUGCGAGAAUCCGGCCAUUUCCGUCUGAUAAACGACGACAGUGUCGGAGUUUCCGUCUCUUACGGGGAUCGUACGGCAGUGUAAAGUGCGGAGGUGCACUGCUCAUCUCUGUCGGAGGGGAACCAGGAGGUAUAUACUAUGGUGAAAUUUGACCGGGAAAGAGUGGGCCAGGCGAUCAUGAGCAUUGGCGGGAACGGUGUUGGCCAAGUUUUGGUUGCUGUGGCGGCGGCUCUUCUUGUCCGUAUUUUCUCCGCACCAGAACCUGCUCUUCUGUUGGAGCACGAUAUCGAGCUCGAGGAUUGGGAGAAGGUAGAUGGAGACAUUGAAGUUGGUGAAGAAUCUCCUGCCUCCAGGAAAGUCAGUCCAGUGACAAUCCGGUGGCGCAACAUCACGUGCUCUCUAUCUGAUAAAUCCUCCAAAUCAGUGAGAUUUCUGCUUAAGAAUGUAAGCGGAGAAGCAAAACCAGGAAGAUUAUUAGCGAUAGUGGGACCGUCAGGUUCAGGAAAAACAACGUUGCUCAAUAUUUUGGCCGGCCAGCUAGCGGCUUCUCCACGGUUACAUCUCACUGGCAUUAUAGAUUACAAUGGAAACGCUUAUUCAAAUAAGAGAGCUUACAAGUUCGCUUAUGUGAGACAGGAGGACCUCUUUUUCUCACAGCUAACUGUCCGAGAGACACUGAAGCUUGCUGCUGAGCUUCAGCUUACUAAGAUACCUUCCGAAGAAGAGAAGGAAGAAUAUGUGAACAAUCUGCUCUUGAAACUAGGUUUGGUAAAUUGUGCUGAAUCAUUUGUUGGUGAUACAAGAAUUCGUGGAAUCAGUGGGGGUGAAAAGAAACGAUUGUCUCUAGGAUGUGAGCUGAUUGCCAGCCCAUCUAUUAUAUUUGUUGAUGAACCUACAACAGGACUUGAUGCAUUCCAGGCUGAAAAAGUAGUCCUGACGCUUCAACAACUUGCAAAGGAUGGACAUACUGUGAUCUGCUCCAUACAUCAACCUAGAGGCUCUGUGUAUACCAAAUUUGAUGAUAUUAUAUUGCUGACAGAGGGUGCUCUUGUCUAUGCUGGUCCUGCUCAUGAGGAACCUGUGGAAUACUUCUCUAAAUUUGGGUAUAGUUGUCCUGACCAUGUUAAUCCUGCUGAGUUUCUGGCCGAUCUUAUAUCAAUUGACUAUAGUUCUCCAGAAAGUGUGUCCUCCUCCCAGAAGAGGAUCUACGGUUUUGUUGAGUCAUUCUCACGACACUCUUCGACAAUUUUGUAUGCAACUUCAAGUGACAAAAGGCAGAUUUCGGCAGGUAUGAAAUUCAGGGAAAAUAAGCUUUUGAAGAGAGGAGGCUGGUGGAGGCAAUUCUGCUUGCUCCUCAAGCGUGCAUGGAUGCAGGCUUCUCGGGAUGGACCGACAAAUAAGGUUCGAGCACGAAUGUCCAUUGCAUCAGCGAUCAUAUUUGGUUCAGUUUUUUGGAGAAUUGAAAGAUCUCAGACAUCAAUCCAGGAUAGGAUGGGUUUACUUCAGGUUGCAGCAAUCAACACUGCAAUGGCUGCUCUCACCAAAACUGUGGGUGUUUUUUCGAAAGAACGUGCAAUUGUUGAUAGGGAGCGUUCAAAGGGAUCUUAUACGUUAGGCCCAUAUUUGCUUUCUAAACUGUUGGCCGAGAUCCCAAUUGGAGCUGCUUUUCCACUGUUAUUUGGGGUUAUCUUAUACCCCAUGGCUCGUCUUCACUCAACUGCCUCAAGGUUUGGGAAGUUCUGCAGUAUCAUCACUGUUGAAUCUUUUGCCGCGUCUGCUAUGGGUCUCACUGUAGGAGCUAUGGCUCCUAGCCCAGAAGCCGCCAUGGCAGUGGGGCCCUCACUUAUGACAGUUUUUAUUGUAUUUGGUGGCUAUUAUGUCAAUGCAGACAACACGCCGAUCAUCUUUCGUUGGAUUCCUAGCGUUUCUCUCAUAAGAUGGGCCUUUCAAGGGCUUUGCAUCAAUGAGUUUAAAGGUCUUCAAUUUGAUUGUCAGCAUUCAAUUGAUAUUCAAACUGGAGAACAGGCACUGGAACGACUUUCCUUUGGUCAAAGGCGUAUUAGGAACACAUUGAUAGCACAAAGUAGGAUACUUUUGUUCUGGUAUUACACCACUUACCUUCUCCUGGAAAAAAAUAAGCCCAAAUACCAGCAGCUUGAGCCACUGCCCCUUGGUGAAAACCAAGAUCAAGGUGAUCGACAAUUUGAAUCGUUUAACAAUGACAACAUGGAGAAACCCCAGCCCGGGAAUCUCCGACUCUCGAGCGAGUUGAGUCAAAGGGUGCCGAGUUUUAAAUUCCUAUAAGCGUUUUCUUGAUUCAUUUGGUUUAGCUUAGCUUUAGUUGGCUUCAAGCUUUUAUGUAUGUUUUAUUUUGAUCCUUAUACUUUCAAACGCUUUUGGUGGUUUUUUAUGAUUUUGUAAUGUUUUUAAGUCAUAGGUUAUAAUAAUCCGAGUAAGGUAACUAUAUAUUUGGUAA